GUAGAAGCUGUCGGGGGGCCUCGGCUGAGCUGGAGGCGGGAAGGCUCGAAGAAACUGACGCGCGGGUGGAGUUGCCCCCGGCUCUCUGAGACAUAAAUUUGAAAUAAAUAAGGGAAAAGAACCCUGACAAUGUCUUUGGUAGUGUCAGAAUAUACCAUUGGUGGGGUGAAGAUUGUCUUUCCUUGCAAGGCUUACCCUUCACAGCUUGCUAUGAUGAAUGCAAUUGUUAGGGGGUUAAAUUCCAGGCAACAUUGUUUGUUGGAGAGCCCCACAGGAAGUGGUAAAAGUUUGGCGUUACUUUGUUCUGUAUUAUCAUGGCAGCAGUCUCUGCAUGAGAAGUCACUGGAUGAGUUCUCAUGUGAAAAGGAGUGCAAAAAACCAGAGACUUCAUUGCCAUGUCACUGUAGAUGCCAUUCGCAGGCUGUGACUAAUGACACUACUGCAGAUGUGAACCAAGGUGCUUCUUGUUCUUUCACUACUUGUAAAGCAGCAACCUCCGUAAAAAGUGAAACACCAUCAACAAACAAAGUAAUGAAUACUCCUGCUACAGAACAUAGUGCAAAAGUCACACUGUCUUCAAAAUUAUCUGCAAAGAAAUGGGCAUCUUUACAUGCAGAUGAAAAUGAUGACUUUCAAGUAGACAGGAAAAGGCUACGUUUAUUAGAAACUGAGCAGCAGGUAAGAAAACGUCAUUGUUUUGCAAAAGGAGUGCAGUUUGUCGAUGCUUUGGAAGUUUAUCAACAGCGAAGAAAUGGGGAACUGACUGUUCACUCAGAAAAAAUUGCUGCUUUCUCUACAAAAACAUCUCCUGGCCUCUGCACACAGUGUUCCUGUUCUUCUGCAAAAGAAAAUGGUAAAAAUGUUAGUUAUGCAAAGAGGAAGGAAAAUGGAGGAAAGCCACACAUCCCAAAAAUAUUUUUUGGAACUCGAACACACAAGCAAAUAGCUCAGAUUACUAGAGAGCUGCAGAGGACAGUAUACUCCAGUGUCCGUAUGACAAUUCUUUCUAGCCGGGAUCAUACCUGUGUUCAUCCAGUGGUAUCGAGAAGUAGUAACAGGAAUGAAAAAUGUGCAGACUUGUUGGAAGGAAAAAAUGGCGGGUCCUGUGUUUACUACCAUGGUGUGCAUAAAAUUAGUGAACAUCAUGCUCUACAGUUUGCGCGUAAGAAGUGUCAGGCUUGGGACAUAGAAGAUCUAGUAAGCCUGGGAAAGAAGCUACGUGCAUGUGCCUAUUUUGCAGCUCGAGAACUCAUGGUGGGGGCAGAUAUUGUAUUUUGUCCUUACAACUACCUGCUGGAUCCACAAAUAAGAGAGAGUAUGGAGAUUAACCUAAAAGACCAAGUAGUCAUUUUAGAUGAAGCUCAUAAUAUUGAAGAUUGUGCACGGGAGUCAGCCAGUUAUAGUGUUACAGAAACACAGCUGAGAUUUGCUCGAGAAGAACUUGAUGCCAUGGUCAUCAACAACAUCAGACGGAAGGACCAUGAUCCCCUGCGGGCUGUGUGCUAUAGUCUGAUGAAUUGGCUACAGGAAAGCUCUGGUCAACUUAAAGAAAGGGGAUAUGAAACCUCCUGUAAAGUUUGGAGUGGAAAGGAAAUGCUCACCAUUUUGCACAAUAUGGGAAUAACAAAUGCUACAUUUCCUAUCCUGCAGAAACAUUUUGCUGCUGUCCUUGAAAAAGAAGAAAAAGUAUCGAAUCUUCAUGGAGGAGAUGAGCUUAUUGAGGUUCCUAUUGUGAGCCCUGCCACUCAGAUUAUGCUAAAAGGGCUAUUCAUGGUUCUACUAUAUCUUUUUAAAGAUAACAACAGAUUUGCAGAUGACUACAGAGUUGCUUUGCAACAAACAUAUGUUUGGACAAAUGAAAAGCAACUUGAUAUUCCAGAUAAAAAUGCUUUCUUUGCACAACCAAAACAUCAGAGGAGUUCACAGCAGAAAACAGCAGUCCAUACGCUUAACUUUUGGUGCUUGAAUCCAGCUGUGGCCUUUUCAGAUUUAAGUGGUAAUGUCAGGACAAUUGUUCUCACGUCUGGUACGCUCUCUCCAAUGGACUCAUUUUCUUCAGAACUUGGUGUGAAGUUUACUAUCCAGCUUGAGGCAAAUCAUGUUAUUCAUAACUCUCAGGUUUGGGUUGGCACCAUUGGGGCAGGCCCCAAGGGUCGGAAGCUGCAUGCCACAUUCCAGCAUACAGAGACCUUUGAAUUCCAGGAUGAAGUGGGAGCACUUCUGCUUUCAGUGUGUCAAACUGUUGACCAAGGGGUCUUAUGCUUUUUGCCAUCUUAUAAAUUGCUGGAUAAAUUAAAAGAUCGCUGGAUGCACACUGGUUUAUGGAGAAACUUGGAGCUGGUUAAGACAGUCAUUGCAGAGCCUAAAGGAGGAGACAAGGCUGACUUUGAUGCACUGCUCCAAUUAUACUAUGAUGCAAUAAAACAUAAAGGAGGAAAAGAUGGAGCACUUCUGAUAGCAGUAUGCAGAGGUAAAGUUAGUGAAGGCUUGGAUUUCUCUGAUGACAAUGCCCGUGCUGUUAUAACUAUUGGUAUUCCAUUUCCAAAUGUGAAAGACCUUCAGGUUGAGUUAAAGAGGAAAUACAAUGACCAGCACUCAAAGACAAGAGGCCUUUUACCAGGUAGCCAAUGGUAUGAAAUUCAAGCUUAUAGAGCUCUCAACCAGGCACUGGGCAGGUGUAUUCGUCACAAAAAGGAUUGGGGUGCUCUUAUGUUAGUUGAUGACCGCUUCAGGAGUAACCCUAAUAAAUACAUAACUGGAUUAUCCAAAUGGAUUCGUCAACAAAUCCAGCACCAUGAGAACUUUAGUACUGCACUCGAUUCGUUGGAUGCAUUUGCUAAAAAAAAUCAAGUGGGCGCCAGUUCUUCCACCCAGUGUAAUAGUGAAUCUCUGCUCAUACAUUCAAGUUCAAAAGAUCUGUCACCAACUUCGUCAUAUGAGGCAUCUAUUCAUCUAUCACCAGAUGUUCCUGUUGAAAGUAAGGUGCAGAAUUUGGUCCUGGAAGCUCAUUCACCCACAGCAAUCAACACAGUUAAUUCUACAGCAUCCAGUCAAUCAAGUAACAGCAUGGCAACAAAGAAAAAUGGUCAGAAUUUUGGUGUAGAAAAUCAUUCUCACCAAACAGUGUGGAGAGAAAAACAGAUGGAUUCCAAACCAAAAAGUCCUGCCAUCAAAAAAGAAAGACAGAAAAGGAAUAGUUGGACUAACGCUGAUCUUAUGAAACAAUACUUCAGCAAUAAGCCAGUGACUUCAACACCUCUGCCUGUGAAUGAAAAGAAAUCCAUCUCCAAAGCCAUGUGCAAACAAAAAAGGAGUACUAUUGAAUCUAGUCAGCCUGUUGUUAAUGGAUGCCAGUGCCAGUCGUCAUUGCUAACGGAACAUACACCGAGUGGACCGGCAUUACAACUGGAAACAACUAGUUCCUCAAUAAAAAAGGGUGAGGCUGCAGCUACUGAAGAACAUCCUGCUGAACAGCAACUCUGCACUAGUGGAGUCAUAGAUCAGUGCAUUGAGUUAUCUCCAGUAAGAGGAAAAAUUGAACUUUCAACGUUAAAUGUAGCCAUAGAAGCAGAAGCUGAGGAUGACAGUAUCUAUUUUACACCUGAACUUUAUGAUGAUACAGAAUCAGAGGUACAGCAAAUUGAACCAUUAAUUCAGACUUGUAAUAAUACUGUGAAUCAGAAUGAACAUGGAGCUUGCAUUGUAGCUGAAGAUCUUUUUGAAAUCAGUACUUCAAAAGCAGUAAGCUCAACUAAAGAAAUAAAAAGUAAUGAUAACAUGAACACAGAGUUAGCUAUAAUAGUGCAAAAUGACAAGAUUAAGGGUAAUACAGUUAGUGAUGCUGAAAGUAUUACCAGAGUAGGAGAAGUGGAACAGAAAAUAUAUCAGGAAAUGGACACCAGAAAAAAGAAAAGUAAACUUUCCAGAUCACGGAACAAAGGACUGAAUGUGCAAAGAGCAUGCAAACGAAGAACCAAGAAAGCUGCUAGUAGGGGAAAUGGCUUCAUCUGUGAAAGAAAGGUACCAUAUAAAGACUAGAUUGAAUGAAGUUAUUGAAUGAGGUAGUGGCAACUGUUGAUAACGUGUAAGAAAAAUAUAUAUACUCCGUUUUUCCUGUGAGGUGAAAUAAUGUACAAUGUGCAUGGUUCUGUAUGGUUUAUUAGUUGAUUAAUAUAAUUAUUGUAAUUUAAAUUUUCAAUAAGUAAUAUAGAGACACUUAUUUCUGGAUUGAAAAUUGCCCAAGAGAUCUGCAUUUGUAGUAAUGAGUGCUGAGGGCCCUAUUCGCAUCAGUGGGACUAGAGGAUAUUCAGCACUUUGCAGAAUCAAGCCCAUAGUUUGUAACAGAUGUCUCCUUUCACAUAAGCACUCUUCACUAUUUUUGAUUAGUGUGUAAUUUUUAAGGCAGGGUUUUCAAAAAAGCCUAAAAUCCUAAUUCCUUUGAAGCUUAUUGGGAGUUCAGCACCUAACUGCCUUAGGAUCCUUUGAAAAAUUUUGUAGCAUGUAGCCAGAUUGCCUCUGUGAUCUUAUGUGAGUUUGUAAGUUGAGAAUGGUCAGUACUUGGGUGGAAAACCUCCAAGGAAACCCUGUCUGUUACAAGACAUUGUAUUGCUGAUUAAGCAGACAAUUCUCUUCCUUGAUAUAGCAUUAAACUAGUAUCCCACCAGCAUGGUGCAAGGGAACAUUUUGAUACUGUGAAGUCCUUUUUUGUCUGAGACUUAAAACUAAGUCACUAAAUGCUUGUGGUCAUUAAAUAUCUCUGGCCAUUUUCUUGAGAGAGAGGGUAUUAGUCCAAAUGUCCUAGCCUGGCAGCUCCUCAGAUGACGGAACUCAUGUAAACUCUAAAUAUCAGUAAUCUGUAAAGUAAUUCUGGGUUCUUCUGGAACAAAUGAUGUUCUUUAAAUAUAUUAUCAACUAGCAGUUUUGUUACUGCCAUAGAUUAUAAAACACAGACACUGCAUUUCCGAUUCCAGAAGCCAAUAAAGGAGCAACAUGAUGUGGAGUAACUUUUGGGUCUGGUCUAGUACAACAGGCAGUCUUACCUGUAAAAAUGUAUUGUUUGUUAUAUUUUCUUCAUAAAUUGUAGUCUGCUGUUUGUUAAAAUGAACGGUUUACCCACGACUGGUAAAUUAAUCUUUUAAAGUACUAGUGAGAGCGUUGAUUGUAAUUUUGAGCCAUAAAAUUAACUUGUGCUGUCAUUCUACUGUUCUCCAUUACUAUUUUUUUUUAAAUUCCAGGGCUGCAGGCUGCAGCCCUUAUCACAGGAAUAUAGGUGAUCAAGUCUAUGGCGCUACCUAUAUAAGUAAGGGGUGCAGGAUUGGGCCCUAAAUGCUUUACAAAACCAUACUUUAUGGUGUGCUCUAAUUUCAUGAAAUAUUAAUCUAUUCAAAUACAUGGAGCUAUUCAGGUUAAAAUAUAAAAUAAAACUCCAAUAUACGAGAAAACUACAUUGAUGCUUUAAAUUUCACUAUAAUUUAGAGAAAAACAUCUAGAUAACAAAUUUUGUACAUUUCUUUGAAUAAUACACUUUAUAAUCUGGCACUCAAAGUUGUGUUUGGAGACUAUGAUGCCAAGUCUAUUGUUUUGUCUUAUUUGGUCUGCUGCUCAACCUCUUUUUUUGGAGACUACAGUAUUAUAAAAUAUCUCAUAUAUAAUAUAUGUAAA